AGGCCCGGAAAAUACUGCUUAUUGGUUCGAAGUUUUCUCGACGAAGAGAAGAAGACUAAACCCUGUUUUCUCUCUCUUCCUCUGUCUCUCAUUCUCUCUGCAUUUCCCCCUUCUUUCUCUCUCUAGAUUUUCUCUCUUCCAAAAAAUAUUCAUACAUUGAGAUCCUUCCAAAAUCAAGGAGCUGUCUUUUGCUAAGAUCUCUUUUAUUUUUCAAAUUCUGGGUUUUUUUUUUUUUUUUUUUUUUUUUUUUGGGUUUUUGAUGCCAAGAGGUCAAGCAUUGUGAUUAUCGCAGGUAUUGAAUUGGAUCGGUAAAAAUAGCUUUCUGGGGUUCAGCAAUUUCUUGAAAUUUCAGCUGUAAAAUCGAAAGGGGGUGAGCUCCCAGGAGAUUGAAUUGGUUUGGUUUGAUAAAGAUGUGUCAACAUAGACUUGUUUGAUUGGGAAAGCUUAAGAUAUGGCAAAGGGUAGGAUUAGGGCAAAGAUACGUCGGAGCAAUCUUUAUACAUUUGCCUGUCUCCGGCCUAAUCACCGUAGGCCUGAGGAUCCCCCAAGCUCAUUGCCUGAUGGCCCCGGUUUUUCUCGAAUUAUACACUGCAACCAGUCUGAUAUUCAUCGUAGAAAACCUCUAAGAUAUAGGUCUAAUAACAUCUCUACAACUAAAUACAAUGUUAUUACAUUUCUUCCAAAGGGUCUCUUUGAGCAAUUUCGCCGUGCUGCCAAUAUGUACUUCCUCUUGGCUGCAAUUCUAUCUGUCACAUCAGUUUCUCCGUUUGGUUAUGUUAGUAUGAUUGCUCCUUUGUCCAUUGUGGUUGGGCUUACUAUGGCCAAGGAAGCUGUUGAGGAUUGGCGUAGGUUUAUUCAAGAUAUGAAGGUUAAUAGUCGAAAAGUUAGUCUUCAUAAAGGGGAUGGUAUUUUUGGUGGUAGGACAUGGCAGAGGGUAUGUGUUGGAGAUGUGGUAAAAGUAAAGAAGGAUGAGUUUUUCCCAGCAGAUUUGUUGCUUCUCUCUUCGAGUUAUGAGGAUGGUAUUUGUUAUGUGGAGACUAUGAACUUAGAUGGCGAGACAAACUUGAAAGUUAAAAGAGCUCUAGAAGUAACCUUACCAUUAGAUGAUGACUCGUCGUUUAAAGAUUUCAAGGGAAUGAUCAGAUGUGAGGACCCAAAUCCAAACCUUUACACAUUUGUUGGUAAUUUGGAGUACGAGCGACAGAUCUUUCCUAUUGAUCCAAAUCAGAUUCUUCUGAGGGAUUCAAAGCUCAGGAACACUGGUUAUGUGUAUGGAGUGGUUAUUUUUACUGGACAUGACAGUAAAGUGAUGCAGAAUUCGACAGAGUCCCCUUCUAAGAGAAGUAGGAUAGAAAAGAAAAUGGACCAUAUCAUAUACAUCCUUUUCUCUGUUCUUGUGUUGAUCUCCUUAAUUAGCUCAGUUGGCUUCUCAGUGAGGACUAAGUAUGACAUGCCAAAAUGGUGGUACUUGAGAGCCCCGGAUGGGAAGGGCUUGUAUGACCCUACUAGGCCAGCGUUAUCUGGUCUUUUCCAUCUUGUCACUGCACUCAUACUGUAUGGGUACUUAAUCCCAAUUUCACUAUAUGUUUCCAUUGAGUUUGUGAAAUUUCUGCAAGCCAUCUUUAUUGACCAGGACAUACACAUGUAUGAUGAAGAGUCGGGAACACCAGCACAGGCCAGGACAUCAAAUUUAAAUGAGGAAUUGGGCCAAGUUGACACAAUCCUAUCUGAUAAAACUGGUACUUUGACAUGCAAUCAAAUGGAUUUUCUCAAGUGUUCUAUUGCUGGUGUUGCAUAUGGCACACGUUCCAGUGAAGUUGAGCUUGCUGCUGCUAAACAGAUGGCUAAGGACCUGGAGGAGCAGGGUUCAGAAAUGUCCAAUAGUGCAUUCAGAAGAUCAGAAAUAGAGUUGGAAUCUGUAAUCACUUCCAGAGGCGAGAGGGAUCAUAAGCCUGUGAUUAAAGGCUUCGGCUUUGAGGAUCGCCGGCUCUUGGGUGGCAAUUGGGUUAAUGAGCCCAAUGUGGAGACUAUGCUGUUAUUUUUUCGCAUUCUUGCCGUAUGUCACACGGCCAUCCCGGAGCUGAAUGAAGAGACUGGCACUUACACUUAUGAAGCGGAAUCUCCCGAUGAAGCUGCUUUUCUUGCGGCUGCUAGGGAAUUUGGUUUUGAAUUUGUGAAAAGAACCCAAUCAACUGUUGUUGUUCGUGAGAGAUAUUCUAGAUGUGGACAACCUGUUGAAAGGGAGUAUAAAGUUCUUACUCUUUUAGAUUUCACAAGCAAGAGAAAACGAAUGUCUGUAAUUGUGCGUGAUGAAGAAGGACAGAUUCUUCUUUUAUGCAAAGGAGCAGACAGCAUAAUUUUUGAGCGGCUUUCUAAGAAUGGAAAAAUGUAUCUCGAAGACACUACAAAGCAUCUCAAUGAUUAUGGAGAUAAUGGGUUGCGUACAUUAGCCCUUGCUUAUAAAAAGCUUGAAGAGUCUGAAUUUUCUGAUUGGAACAAUGAAUUUCUGAAAGCAAAGAGCUCCAUUGGGAGUGAUAGAGACAUAAAUUUGGAAAGGGUUUCAGAUAUGAUGGAGAGAGAGUUAAUUCUUGUGGGUGCAACUGCUGUCGAAGACAAGCUGCAGAAAGGGGUGCCUGAAUGCAUUGAUAAGCUUGCCCAAGCUGGUCUCAAGUUGUGGGUUCUCACCGGUGAUAAAAUGGAAACUGCUAUAAAUAUCGGCUUCUCAUGCAGUCUUCUCCGUCAAGGCAUGAAACAGAUAUGUAUAUCAACAGCGCAUAUUGAAGGAACCGGCAAUGACUCCAAAGAGGCAGUCAAAGAGAAUAUUUCAUUACAAAUCACCAAUGCAUCUCAAAUGAUAAAGCUUGAAAAGGAUCCGCAUGCUGCAUUUGCUUUGAUCAUUGAUGGGAAAAGUUUGACGUAUGCUCUAGAAGAUGAUAUGAAAUACUAUUUCUUGAGUCUAGCAGUUGAGUGUGCAUCUGUUAUUUGUUGUCGUGUUUCUCCCAAGCAAAAGGCAAUGGUAACAAGGUUGGUCAAAGAAGGGACUGGAAAAACCACAUUGGCCAUUGGUGAUGGUGCAAAUGAUGUUGGAAUGAUUCAAGAAGCCGAUAUUGGUGUGGGCAUUAGCGGGGCGGAAGGUAUGCAGGCUGUGAUGGCGAGUGAUUUUGCUGUUGCACAAUUUCGGUUUUUGGAAAGACUUUUGCUUGUACAUGGACAUUGGUGUUACAAGAGAAUAGCUCAGAUGAUUUGCUACUUUUUCUACAAGAAUAUAGCUUUUGGUCUGACACUGUUUUACUUUGAGGCCUUUGCUGGCUUUUCUGGGCAAACAAUCUACGAUGAUUGGUAUUCUCUGUCCUUCAAUGUAAUCCUCACGUCUUUGCCCGUCAUUUCUCUUGGAGUAUUUGAGCAGGAUGUUUCUUCAGAUGUCUGCUUGGAGUUCCCAGCAUUGUAUCAGCAAGGCCCAAGAAACCUGUUUUUCGACUGGUAUAGGAUAUUUGGGUGGAUAGGAAAUGGGCUGUUCACGUCCCUCGUAGUAUUCUUUUUCAACAUCAUCAUCUUCUACAAUCAAGCAUUCCGCUCUGGAGGUCAGGUUGCUGACAUGUCAGCAGUAGGGACCAUCAUGUUUACAGGAAUAAUCUGGGCUGUGAAUUGCCAGAUUGCCCUUACGAUGAGCCAUUUCACAUGGAUACAACACCUGCUUGUGUGGGGUAGUAUUGGAAUGUGGUACAUAUUUCUGUUGAUAUAUGGUGCAAUGCCUUCAACUGUAUCUGGGAAUGCACAUAAUCUGCUAGUGGAAGCUCUUGCACCUGCACCCAUAUAUUGGACAACAACACUUCUGGUAACAGUUGCUUGUGUUCUCCCAUACUUUGCACACAUAGCGUUCCAACGAUCUUUCAACCCGUUAGAUCACCAUAUAAUCCAAGAGAUCAAAUACUAUAAGAAGGAUGUUGAAGAUCAAAGUAUGUGGGCUAGGGAACAAUGCAAGGCAAGGCAAACCACCAAGAUUGGUUUCACUGCAAGAGUUGAAGCCAAAAUCAGACAGUUGAAAAUCAAACUUAAUAAGAAGCAUUCUGGAGCUACCUACCACCCAUCUCCUACUCCUGUAUCAUAAUUCCUACUCUGUAAUUGAUUUCUGUUUCCCUUUUUUUUAGAUUUUGCUUUUACAAGCUUCCAUUUUUUGGUAGGUUUUACAAUUUUUUCUCUUUUUUUUUUUAACUUCAUAUUCAUAUAUUAGCAAUUUUUUCAUGUAAUUCAUUGAACAAGAGCUUUUUAGAGCUGUUGUAUGUACCAUAUACGAAGUAUAUAUGAGUAAAUCAAUAGUACAGUUUGUGAAUGAUUGACACCAA